AUGGCUCAAAUAAAUAGUACAUCCAAUGUUGUGAAUUCUAACGAUAAUACUAAUCCUUCUACGAAACCAUCUGAUACACUUCGUCCUCAUUAUUAUACAACAUUUCAAAAUUAUUGUUGUGGUCCAAAAUCAAAUUCAUCAACUUCAACACCACCUAAAGAUGUUUUACCUAUUCCACAAACAAUUAAAGAAGAAGCUGCUGAACUAGUGGAAUAUAUUAAUCAUGCUCUUAUUGAACAACUUACGGAUGUUGUAAAAUAUACAAGUGUUAUACCACAUAUAUUUCUUGAAAAAAAUGAUAAUUAUGAUAUUCAACGAUAUUUAAUUGAUCGAAUAAUGUUUAGAACGAUGAAUGAUGCUCAUGUAAUCAAUUGGAUUCCUUCAUUGAAAAUGCUCUAUCCAAUUCGAACAUCAGGUAAUGGUAAUUGUCUUCUACAUGCUGUACUUAUUGCUAUGGUUGGCAUACAUGAUUUGGAUCUUUACUUCCGUGAUCGACUUGUACAAUUUAUGACUGAAAAUAAAGACGUAUUGAAAAAUUAUUGGAAAAAAGAACGACUUAAAUCCGAUAAAGCCUAUGGUAUAAGCUCAGAAGAUUCGAAGCUCGAUGAGGAAUGGAAUGAAGUAUGUGAUCUUGUUCGUUAUGAAAAUUCUAAAGAUGGACAAAUAGCAACUCAAUUAGAGUUUCUUGAAGCUAUACAUAUAUUUUCUAUUUCAAAUAUGCUUCAUCGACCGAUUAUUGUUCUAUCUGAAGAUGUUAUUCGAAAUAAAAAUGGUGAAGCUAUUUCAGUUAAUGAUCUCUUCGGAAUUUAUUUACCUAUUCUUUCAACACCAGAUGAAUGUAUUAUUGAACCUAUUGUAUUAGCUUAUGAUCGAUCUCAUUUUUGUCCAUUACAAACUACGAAUGCUAGUGUUGGAAAAACAUUGGAUAAUCGUCUUCCACUUUAUCUAUCAAUUGAACAUGCAUAUAAUAAUAUUUCAUUACCUAUUCGAUUUUUAGGUGAUGAUGAUAAUAUUGAAUAUUCGAAUAAUUUACUUCGUGAUUAUUUACGAAUUCAAAAAGUAGAAUAUAGCUUUGAUGAAAAGUCUUCACCAUUAUCUAUUUUAUGUGUAACAUUGGGUGUACAAAAACCGAAAGCAAUAGCAGAAGAACGAGAACGUGAGAGACAACGUGAACUAGAUGAUUAUGUGAAUCGUCAUAUAUCUUAUGAUACUAGAGGUCGAUCAAUAAUUAAACAAGACCCAACCCUAUCUUCAUCAUCUACACCGAUGUCGGCACGAUCGAAUACUACUCUUAAUGAGAGUCAAUUGCGCAAUCAAAAUAAUAAUUAUGAUGAUCAAAUAUACUCAUACAAUGGUACAUACACUAAUCAACCAUAUAUACCAUCUAAUGGUGCUGUUUAUAUUAAAAAUUCUUCAAAUCAACCUCAACAAUCACCAAGAGUAUUCGAACAUAGAAAAGUAGCACAAACAGAUCGAGAUAUCAACUAUACUGAUACGGAACAAUUCAAACAAUUAAAUUCAAAAAAUGAUUUGAAUAAUAUUAGCAAUUUAAACAAUAAUGAUAAACAGCGCAAUCCUGUUAGUUUCAAGACAGGAGAGGAUGAAUACAAAUUUAAUCGAGAACAACGACAACCUAAAGUUAUUGAAAUUCCUGUUCAAUAUGCAACACCUCGUGUAUCAUCGAACGAUUCGACUUUAUUCAUUUCUGAAGAACCAAGAGAUUCACUUGACAAAUGCCUCAUUUGUCAUCGCCCGUUUAGAGAUGCGAAAUCUAUACGUAUUUGUUCCGAUUGCGAUUCUGAAUUGCAGCGUCGUACUCCGCAUUAUGAUGUUCGUGAUCGAUCGUAUAUUCGACCCCGAUCCACAAAUGUAUAUUUAACUGGAGAUAAUACUCGUUAUGUUCCUGCUUCAUCACCAGUACCGAAAACGAAAAUUCGCCGUUCAGUUGAAUGUCCACAUUGUAAACAUCCAAAUUUGAAUUAUGGAUUGAUUGCUUCAAUGUUUUUCUGUUCUGCGUGCGGACAUGAAAUACCCUCUUCAUAUUUAUAUUAUUAA